GAGAUGACGCCUCUUUGGGGCGGAGCCGCAGUUUUCCAGCUGUGAUUGGUGAAUCGCUAGUGCCCGCCCCCAAUAUAGCCCAGUCAGGAAAGAAGUUAGGCUGGGAACUAAGAAGCUAUUGGCUGAUGACCCCUGGACCAAUCGGAAGAGUCAUGAUUUGGCGGGAGUCUUGACCACCACUGGGCUCUUGGUGUCUCAGAGUGAGCGCGAGGUGUCUGGCCGCCGUGGCUAUGUUCGUGUCCGAUUUCCGCAAAGAGUUCUACGAGGUGGUCCAGAGCCAGAGGGUUCUUCUCUUCGUGGCCUCGGACGUGGAUGCCCUGUGCGCUUGCAAGAUCCUUCAGGCUCUGUUCCAGUGUGACCACGUGCAGUACACGCUGGUUCCAGUUUCUGGGUGGCAAGAACUUGAAACUGCAUUUCUUGAACAUAAAGAACAGUUCCGCUAUUUUAUUCUCAUAAACUGUGGAGCUAAUGUAGACCUACUGGAUAUCCUUCAACCUGAUGAAGACACCACAUUUUUUGUGUGUGACACCCACAGGCCAGUCAACGUUGUGAAUGUGUACAAUGACACCCAGAUCAAAUUACUUAUUAAACAAGAUGAUGACCUUGAAGUCCCUGCCUACGAUGAUAUCUUUAGGGAUGAAGAGGAGGAUGAAGAGCAUUCGGGAAAUGACAGCGAUGGGUCAGAGCCUUCUGAGAAGCGCACACGGUUAGAAGAGGAAGUGGUGGAGCAAACCAUGCGGAGGAGGCAGCAGAGAGAGUGGGAGGCCCGGAGAAGAGAUAUACUCUUUGACUAUGAACAGUAUGAGUAUCAUGGGACAUCGUCGGCCAUGGUGAUGUUUGACCUGGCGUGGAUGAUGUCCAAGGACCUGAACGACAUGCUGUGGUGGGCCAUCAUUGGACUAACGGACCAGUGGGUGCAAGACAAGAUCACCCAGAUGAAGUAUGUGACUGACGUCGGAGUCCUGCAGCGCCACGUUUCCCGGCACAACCACCGAAACGAGGAUGAGGAAAACACCCUCUCCGUUGACUGCACACGAAUCUCCUUUGAGUACGACCUCCGCCUGGCACUCUAUCAGCACUGGUCCCUCCACGACAGCCUGUGCAACACCAGUUACACUGCAUCCAGGUUCAAGCUCUGGUCUGUGCACGGGCAGAAGCGGCUCCAGGAGUUCCUCGCAGAUAUGGGCCUUCCCCUGAAACAGGUGAAGCAGAAGUUCCAGUCCAUGGACGUCUCCUUGAAGGAGAAUUUGCGGGAAAUGAUUGAAGAGUCUGCAAAUAAGUUUGGGAUGAAGGACAUGCGCAUGCAGACUUUCAGCAUUCAUUUUGGGUUCAAGCAUAAGUUCCUGGCCAGUGACGUGGUCUUUGCCACCAUGUCUCUGAUGGAUAGCCCUGAGAAGGAUGGCUCAGGAACAGAUCACUUCAUCCAGGCUCUGGACAGUCUCUCCAGGAGCAACCUAGACAAGCUGUACCAUGGCCUGGAACUCGCCAAGAAGCAACUGCGAGCCACUCAGCAGACCAUCGCCAGCUGCCUCUGCACCAACCUCGUUAUCUCCCAGGGGCCUUUCCUCUACUGCUCCCUCAUGGAGGGCACUCCAGAUGUCAUGCUGUUCUCCAAGCCAGCGUCCCUGAGCCUGCUCAGCAGACACCUGCUCAAGUCCUUUGUGUUUUCGACAAAGAACCGGCGCUGCAAGCUGCUGCCCCUGGUGAUGGCUGCCCCCUUGAGUGUGGAACAAGGCACAGUGACUGUGAUGGGCAUCCCCCCCGAGACUGACAGCUCUGACAGGAAGAACUUUUUUGGGCGGGCAUUUGAGAAGGCAGCGGAAAGCACUAGCUCCCGGACACUGCACAACCAUUUUGACCUCUCAGUAAUUGAGCUGAAAGCUGAGGAUCGGAGCAAGUUUCUGGAUGCACUUGUUUCCCUCCUGUCCUAGGAAUUUGAUUCCUUCAGAAAUGACCUUCUCCUUAUUUAUAUUAACUGGCUUUUAUUUAGAUUGUAAAUUAUGGACAUACUUUGAGGUGCAGGGGCAGUUGUUUUUAAUGAAAUAAAGUGCUUAUUUUAGCGUCUGU